AUGGGAAGCUCAUUAUCAAGUAUAUGGCCUGGAAGUGCAAGGAAGAAAGAAGCCCGGGUAAUCAUGUGGGGGCCCUGGUACUCUGGAAAGACUACAUUUUUAUACAACAGACUCUUGGUAGACCGCGCAUCGGCGACAGUCUACACACAUGCUGAUCGCAUACAGGGCUGGGACCACAUUAAUCCGGUGUCCACGAUAGGGUUCAAUGUCGAAUCAGUAACAUACCGGAACCAAGGACUUACUAUCUGGGACUUGGGAGGUCGAGAUAAAUUCCGGCCAGCGUGGCGGCAAUACUUCUCCAAUAUAGACGCCGUCAUUUACAUCGUCGACGCCACAGAGACAGACCGGCUAGACGACGCAGCCUCCACGCUGGAAUUCCUACUUAGUUUAGAUGGGCCCCGUGACGAGCUAAGCAGUGCCCCUGUUCUGGUAUUUGCCAACAAGCAAGAUCUGGAUGGGGCAUUGUCGGCGGAGGAGGUAUCAAAGGGGUUAAAAUUGGGAGAAGUUCGUCACCGAAAAUGGAAGGCUGUUGAGUCUUCCAUAACACAGGGUUAUGGUAUCAGCGAAGGAAUGGAUUGGUUGAUGGUUGGUGACCUUGUCUGA